ACAGAUCGCUGCAGGCGGAGCAGAGGACACACGGGAGGAAACAGAGCAGACAACGGUUAAAGAAGAGGAGCAGCAUGGAUUUCAUGAAGAAGGGAUUCUCCAAGGCCAAGGAUGGAGUGGUGGCUGCUGCUGAGAAGACAAAGGCUGGAGUGGAGGGGGCCGCCACCAAGACCAAGGAGGGGGUCGUCUAUGUUGGAAACAAGACGAUGGAGGGCGUGGUGACCGGAGUGAACACAGUUGCUCAGAAGUCGACCGAGCAGGCCAACGUGGUGGCUGACACGGCGGUCUCCGGGGCCAACGAGGCCGCCCAGGCAGCGGUGGAAGGAGUGGAGAACGCUGCAGUGGCGAGCGGGUUCGUGAAGGCGGAGGAGGCGGGGCCAGGAGCUGAGGAGAGGGACCUGUCAAAACCAGAAGCAGCAGGAGAAACCACGGAGCAGCCUGCUCAGUAGGUUCUGAACAUCCUGUCGUCACUGAGGAGAGAAGAAGAAACUAUAACUUUUCACUCUGAUAUUCUCCACCUGCUGCCUUCAAUAACUCCAUUAACCCAAAAAACAAAGCUUUCUGCUGUUACCAUGGUUACAUAGGCUCCACCUCCCUCACCUGCUUAAUGCUUAAUGCUCCGUCAUAAAGCCAGGAAGGGCUCCAGUUUCCACUCUCUCAGCUGACUGGUUGGUGUGGAGUGGGCGUGUUUUACAAGUCCAGCUCACCUGCUGUCUAUCACCUGACAGGCUCCGCCCCCGACACAGUCAUUGAAAUGCAUGUUGCUUCACUGAGACUCAUUUAAAACACUUACAACACAAAAAAUAACAACUGAUGAUGUAACACACACACACACACACACACUUCUGAA